AUGCUGAGUGCGUCCACCCCGACCCAGACGCUCCCCAGCGGAGAGGACAGUUCUGGUUCUGACAGGGGGUCAGAGGUCAGUGUUGGAGCUCCAGCCACAGAGACAGACCGCUUCGGCUUCAUCCUGGGGAAUGGAUCCACUGCUGGGUCAGUACUAAGCAGAGCCUCUGGCUCAGCAGCACUGAAAACCAGUUUUUGCUCUCUCUCUCUCUCUUCACUGCAGAGGUUACCAUUCUCUUUCUCUCUCUGUUUUUUAAAGAUUGAUUAGUUAAGAUAAGAGAAACAAUGCAUUUCUGGUGAAUAAAAGACACUAAAGACAUCCUAUAGCUUGCAACUUGCAACUGAAUGCAAAAAAACACAGUUAUGGCAGGAAAGGUGACAGUUCAGCAUCACAGACAGAAACCAUUUUUUUCAAUAGAUGCAAAUACAAGUCAGUCUUUAUUUAGUCCAAAGAAUGGACCCAGGUAGAAUCAGAACACAAAUAUAACAGUCACCUCCUACACUCUCUCACUCACUCUGUGUCGUUGAACAUCCUGACCUGUUGCCAUGGAGACAGUCGCACCGCCACCUUGUGGUUUUCCUGUUUCCUGUGUGUCUUUAUGGUGUUUUCGUUCUCUGUGACGAGAACUGAAGGUGCAGUUGACUCAUCUCAGUAAAUGUGCAGAUAAUUUGGUCUACAGAAACAGGUGAGCCAUAGUGAGGAGUUUGUUACCUGCCCUAGACAUUUUAUUAUGACAGUUUUGUUUAAAGUGCUCACCAUAUUCUGCUGAUGAUAUGUUGGUCAGGAGUGAAGGCCCGCCCCCUGAGCUCGUUAGACAGAGAGAGACCAAGUGGAUCAACAUCAUCAGCCAAUGGGAUCGUGUCUUACUAAAAAAGUCCAGCAAGGUGUGUACUCUGCCUUUUAAAUGUAACCUUUUCUGGAACACCAAACCCAGGUGUUUAUUCUGGCAUGACCCUUACACACCCUCCACCUGUCUCUCAGGUCAAAGAACAGUGUCAGAAAGGCAUCCCAGCAUCCCUCAGGGCUAAAUGUUGGCCACUGCUGUGUGGCGCCACAGACAGAAUGCGCCACAACAAGGACCUCUAUCAGGUAAGAGAGCAACCACCUCUACAGAUAGAACCAACAAUUAGAACCUUACUGUGCCAUUUGUAUGAUAUACUUACUGUAAAUCUACAAAUAUUGCAGAGUAAAACCUACUCAUCAGGUACAUCUCUCCCCCGCUAUCAGACUCUGGACUCCAGGCCCGCCCUACAGAGCUGGGUGGACGUUAUAGAGAGAGACUUAGACCGCCAGUUCCCUUUCCAUGAGAUGUUCCUCUCCAGAGACGGCCAUGGGUAACAAAGCCUUAUAAUACUACAAAUGGAAUGAUGAUGAUAUACGAAUCACAUCUUUCUCCAUCUCUCCUUCUUGUAGUGUUGUAUAAAUAUCGUCUAGAGCGUUAUCCCGUCAAUGUCUGGUUCAUCUGAGUGUUUUGUUGUUUGUGUGGGCAGACAGCGUGGUCUGUUCCGGGUGCUGAAGGCCUUUACUCAGCUGAAGCCUGAGGAGGGCUACUGCCAGGCCCAGGGACCUGUAGCAGCUGUACUGCUGAUGAACAUGCCUACUGAGGUACUGUUACAAUCACCAUGUUAUCACCGGUGAUCCUUCAUCAUCACGUUGAAAGGACUGGACCUUCGAUCUCUCUUAAUACCUUUGCUUUCCCCUCCUAUAGGAGGCAUUCUGGUGCCUGGUGCAAAUCAGUGAACAGUACCUCCCUGGCUACUACAGUCCCCUUCUGGUAAGAUGAUGGCUCUACACGCACCGUUACUUUACUACACAUGAUCAAUUUGGGAUACAGUGUACUCGACAGUAUAAACUGCAUACGUGCUACUGCUACAUCAAUAUGUUUUUCCAUCAGUAAAGGGUUUGGAUGUUGUAACAUAGCUGAAUAGCAGCUCUCCAGACACUUGUCUCUUUAAUGUUGUCUGUAGGAGGGGGUUCUCUUUGACGCAGCCAUGCUGACCAGGGUGCUGAAGAGGACGUGUCCCGCGGCUCACAAGCACCUGCAGAGACACGGCGUGGAGCCUCUGAUGUUCGCCACCGAUUGGUUGAUGUGCCUGUUUACACGCCACCUACCUUUUAACACCCUGCUCAGGGUCUGGGACCUGUUCUUCUGCUACGGUCUGUACCUGAAUAAGGGAAUUAAUUAAUCCAUCAUCUAUAGUCAUAUUUAUUCAUUCUAUCAAUCUUCUAUCUAUCCAAUCUACCUAUUCUUAUUUCUUGGCCCUUCUGUCCACACUCAACGUUGAAAGAAUCUCUCUAAGAGAUUUGAUUGCUCUGUUUCCCUCCUUGUGUUGUUUUUAUCCCCCUCCAUCAGGAGUGCGUGUGUUGUUCCAGGUGGCGGUGGUGUUGGUGCGCAGGGCUCUGGGCCGGGUGGAGCAGAGGGAGGCUUGCGAGGGCCAGAUGGAGACUCUGGAGAGGCUGAGGGGUGUGAGGGAGCAGGUGCAGAAGGAGGACGACACCUUCAUUGCAGAGGUCAGACACCUGGCCUCAGGACCGAUACACAUGUACACCAGUUAUACUUGAACUAUCUUACCAUGUAUAUAAAUACACACACCUGUGUGAGAGCAUAUAAACCCGCACUUUUACCACCUCCCCUCUAUCUCCCUUUCACCCCCACCUAGGUGUGUUCUGUCCCCCUGUCGAGUAAGGAUCUGGAGAGGCAGACAGAGAGAGAGCUGGAGAAGUGGAGAAUGGAACGGCCCGCCUCCACCUUUGAUCCCCGGGGUCGUUGCCAUGGAUAUCGGAUGGCGUGGGCGAGGGCUCAAGAGAUGGAGGAGGAGAGGAACAGGAAGAAGAGGGAGAAAGGUAACCUGUCCCUUCCUCCGAUUUCCUCGCACUCCCUCCUCUCUCUCUCUCCCUCACUCCUCCGCAAUAGGAAGAAAGGGAGCAAGACAGACACAGGAGAGUGCGAGGGAGGGAAUCUGAGGAGAGGAAGUGAGAUGGAUGGUAGUCUAGUGAGGGCUCAGGGUGUUCCACCUCCAGCUACAGAGGAUAGGGCCCCAGUGGAAACGAGAGAACCGUUAGAACACAAAGAACCACUAGGACAGGAGGACAGAAGCCAGAAAACCCAGCUGACCCCAGAUUCAGACGGAGAACCGUCCCAGCAGCGUCAGCUCACCUCUGACCACAGCGUCACCUCACAGGGUCAAGGAGAGGAGCAGGGGGGUUUCAGCCAGACCCAUGCCUCUGAGCAGUACAGCGACAGCCAGACACAGGAAACUAACCACAGUAAAGGCACCAUGCAAACACAGGAAGUACUGAACAAACAGUCAACAGCGAGUGCAAAUAUCAUCACAGAGCACAUAGUGACAGAGACGAAGGGUGAGGCAGAGAAAAGCAAGGAUACAGAGACACAUGCAGAAGCAAAUACAGAGGAGGAAACUGCUCCACACACAGACACAGAACUGAAGACAUACACUGAAGCAAAGACAGAGGAAACAGCUCCACACACAGACACAGAACUGAAGGCAUACACUGAAGCAAAGACAGAGGAAACAGCUCCACACACAGACAAAGAACUGAAGACAUACACUGAAGCAAAGACAGAGGAGGAAACAGCUCCACGCACAGACACAGAACUGAAGACAUACACUGAAGCAAAGACAGAGGAGGAAACAGCUCCACGCACAGACACAGAACUGAAGACAUACACUGAAGCAAAGACAGAGGAGGAAACAGCUCCACACACAGACACAGAACUGAAGACAUACACUGAAGCAAAGACAGAGGACGAAACAGCUCCACACACAGACACAGAACUGAAGACAUACACUGAAGCAAAGACAGAGGAGGAAACAGCUCCACACACAGACACAGAACUGAAGACAUACACUGAAGCAAAGACAGAGGAGGAAACAGCUCCACACACAGACACAGAACUGAAGACAUACACUGAAGCAAAGACAGAGGAGGAAACAGCUCCACGCACAGACACAGAACUGAAGACAUACACUGAAGCAAAGACAGAGGAGGAAACAGCUCCACACACAGACACAGAACUGAAGACAUACACUGAAGUAAAGACACAGGAUGAAACAGUGCCAGAGACCCACACAUAUGCAGAGACCCAGAUACACGCAGAAGCCAAAACAGAGGAGGAAAUGGAGGCAGAGGUACAGAAAGGACUACAUACAGAUAAAAGUGUAGGGACCGAGACAGACAUGGGGUCAAAAACAGAGACUCAAACAGAUGUGAAUACAGACAUGGAGACAGACACACAACAAGAGGCAGAUGUAAACUUAGAGGCAGAAACAGACAUGGGUUCACUGACAGAGACAGAGAGAGACAAAGACACUGACACAGAGACACACACCGACAAGGAGAUAGAGGCACGUACCGAGAUACAGUCACAAAAAGGGACAGAGACACACACAGAUGAAAAAUCUGAGGCAGAGAGAGAAACAGAGGUAGAGGCACAUACAGAAACAGAGACACAGGGAGAAAAUGAGUCAGCAAUGCACAUAGAGGCAGACACAAGAGUAGAUGCAGAAACAGACUUGGGGUCACAGGUGGAGGCAGAAACACAGACAGAAUCAGAGAUAGAGGUGCCUGUAUACACAGGGGUCGAGACGGGCACAGACGAAGCCACUGAGACAAACACAGGGAUAGAGACGGCCAUGGAGUCUCCAAAUGAAAUUCAGAGACAAACAGAGACAGCAAAGAUAGAGGUACAGUACACAGAGCCCUCUAGGAUAACACCAGCCAAUCAGAGCCAGGUUUCUCCAGAGUUGACCUCCACUACUGAGCCUGAGGGGGAGAGGGACUCAUCAGGCCAAACAGGCCAAGACCAGAAGCUACCUGAAGAACCCCAGAAUCCAGUCAGAAUCCAUCCAGAGGAGAAUCAGGAGACCCAGAACGUCAGAGAGAGUGAAGGAGAGAAAGAGGAGGAAGUAUUCACACUUCCCUCUCAGGAAGACUCAACUGAAAUCCUUCCAUCAUUACAGGGGGAAUCACUGAAAGCUGACUUCCCUCCCAUACCUGGCAACCCAAAGUCACAAAGUCAGAGUGAGAAGAGUGAGUCUCCCCCUCCUACAGACUCAAAGGCAGGCUCUGGCAACUCAGUGUCCACACACGCUGAUGUCUCGUCCCAAAGGACCACGCCCCGUGAUGGACCGUGGGCAAACCCCUUCCGGAGACUUCCGGCUCUGCAAGUCCUCCAGCUCCCGGAGGCUCACCCGCAGGCUCUCUGAGGAUCUCUUCACUAACCCCAACCAAUCACAACCCACCUUCACACACUCCAAUCAAUCAAAUACAAGUUUCAUUCAGUCCAAUCAACCACAGCCCACACCUCCCAUUCAUGUACCAAAGCACACAGAAUCACCCCAACGAGUGACAGGGAGCACCCCGGCCACUGUCCCACCUCAGACUGGGCCCACACCAGACAGAGGGCCGACCGACACCCCCAGGCGAUUUGGUCUCUUCCGCAGGCACAAAGAUCCCGUCCCCAAAAUCCUGAUCCAGGACUUCAGUGAUGGGACGGGUGAGGGGCGCACGGUCAAGGGGAAGGAAGAGGAGGAGAAGCUGAGCUCCAGAGAGAGGAGGAGGAGACGGAGGGAGCAGGAGAGGAGGGAGAAAGAGGAGGAGAAGUUACGGAAGAAGAGGGAGAAGGAGUUGGAGAAAGAGAGAAAGAGGGAGAGGAGGAAGCCUCAGACGAGGGGGAAGAGUUUUCAGGUGCAACCCAGCAAUGUUCCCCUCCCUGGAAACAGUGGCUCACAGACAUUUGGUUCCAAAAGAAACUCAACUCCAUCUAUGGAGACAUACUUUUAA